CGUUGUGUCUCGAUAGAAAGAGAAGUUGGGAAUUUGGAGAAGUGACAAGGUCAUCGAAACGAUGUCGUAUCUGCUUCCACAUCUUCACUCCGGCUGGGCCGUCGACCAGGCUAUUCUCGCCGAGGAGGAGCGUCUCGUCGUCAUCCGGUUCGGCCACGAUUGGGAUGAGACUUGUAUGCAGAUGGAUGAAGUGCUAGCAAAUGUUGCGGAGACUCUUAAGAACUUUGCUGUGAUUUACCUUGUGGACAUCACUGAGGUUCCUGAUUUCAACACCAUGUAUGAGUUGUAUGACCCUUCAACAGUCAUGUUCUUCUUCAGAAACAAGCACAUUAUGAUUGAUCUUGGCACUGGGAACAACAACAAGAUCAACUGGGCUCUCAAGGACAAGCAGGAGUUCAUUGACGUUGUGGAGACUGUGUACCGUGGCGCGAGGAAGGGACGUGGUCUGGUGAUUGCUCCCAAGGAUUACUCAACCAAGUACCGCUACUAAAUUGAAGUCCUGUACUUCAUUUCAGACUUUGUAAGACAAAUAUUGAAAAAACCCUAUGCAACGGGAUUAAUUUCUCUAGAUUCUGGAUUUGUUGUAUUGAACUCUGGGGGAAACAAUGUGUGAAUGUUUUACAGCCUAAACCAGUUGUGCACCAAUCAAUUGUUUAAGUGUGGCGCUAUUUUAACA